CCCACCUUAUUCUCCAAGUCCAAACACACACAGAGAAACUCUCUUUCGUUCCUCUCUCUCACUUCAUUUUCUCUCUCUAAACUUCAAAAGAAACCACAAAAAUGGGAUUCCCCAUGGGGUACCCUGAAGUUUCCGUCCCCAACCUCUUCCUUCACCUUCUCUCUCUCCUCGCCUUUCUAAGAUCUCUAGCCAUCUCCUUCCUCUCUCUCCUCCAUCUCUCCGACCUCCUCGACACCGAUUUCUCCUCCGCCACCUUAACGGAAUCACACCUCCACCGUCCUACCCUCUCCGCAAUCCUCAUCCGCGAAUUCCUCCCCGUCGUCAGUUUCCGUGACCUCGCCGGAGAUUCGAAAGCGAUUGGAUGUGCGGUGUGUCUCGACGAAUUUUCCGGAGAGGAGGAAAUCAGGUGUAUGGCGAACUGUAGACAUAUUUUUCACCGGUCGUGUGUGGACCGUUGGAUUGAUCAUGAUCAGAAGACGUGUCCGCUUUGUAGGACCCACUUUGUACCAUAUCUUAAAAUGGAAGAUUAUAAUCAACGGUUAUGGGCGGCUUGUGAAUCUGAAAGUGAAGAUGAUGAUGUUUCUCUUUUUCCUCAACAUGAUGAUUAUCACUACAUUGCCACUGCUUCAAUUUGAGUUUUUUUUUUUUACUUUUUAAUUUUUUUCUCCUAAUAUUUUUAUAGGAGUUUUUUUCUUUCUUUUUAAUAUUACAUCUUUUUGGGGUGGUGAAUUUGUAUAUAAAUUAAACCACAAAUAUUAGUGUAAGGAUAAAAAUAGAGAAAUUAAAGGUUAGGCUUUUAGCUUUAUUGUAUUUUUGGGUCUUUUAUUAGGGUUUUCUAUAAAUGAAAAUAAGGUUUUGUUGGACUCUAAAUAAUUGAGCUAGAAUGAGUUUAAUUGGACAUGGAAGCUGAAAAUAUGUUCAUCAGUAAA